CCACCACCACCUCUCCUCCCUCCUCAUCCGCCUCAGCCGCUACAGGAGAGGAGAGAGGGAGAAGAGUGCGGCUGAAUGUGAACGACAUGUCGACAGUCAGCCUCUAAAGUGUUUUCUCGGCCGUUCCUUAAUUCUUUGGCGGCGGACUGAUGCGAUGAAGGCCUGAUGCCGGGCUGUAGCCCCAGGCUGUUGAGCUGAAAAGGAGAAGCUGUAGGAUGCAUUGGGCCACUCUAGCAGUGGCCCUGGGGUGUGCGUGCCUGUCUUGGGCCUCGCACAGCCCCACCCCCACCCCCACCUCAACACACACCCCUCUGGUAGACAACUCCGAGGAGGAAGUGGACGAGCCGUGCUUCGAGCCGUGCACGUGUGAGGUCAAAGAAGGCGUGUUGCACGUGCACUGUGAUGGGCGGGGCUUCACUAAUGGCAGCCAGGUGUCACAGUCAUGGGUCCGCCCUUUCAAACUCAACCUCCAGAGGAACUCUUUAAGACGUCUCUAUAGCAACGGGUUUCAGCACCUUGGCAACGCAGUGUCGAUAAACCUUGGUAACAAUGCACUCCAGGACAUCCGAGUGGGAGCCUUUCAUGGGCUGGCCAAAUUGAGACGUCUGUACCUUCAUGAAAACAAGCUGGAAGUCUUCAGAAAUGACACCUUUGCUGGUUUGGAGGCUCUGGAAUAUCUCCAGGCCGACUACAACGUAAUCAAACGCAUUGACAGCGGUGCGCUGAGGUUUCUCUACAAGCUCCGAGUUCUCAUUCUGAACGAUAACCUGAUCCCUGUUUUGCCUGCUCAUCUGUUCAGAUCUGUGUCUCUGACUCAUUUGGACCUGCGGGGAAACCGUCUGAAGAGCUUGGCAUAUGCUGGGACUCUGGAGUAUGUUGGCCGCUCCCUGAUGGAGCUACAGCUAGAGGAGAAUCCUUGGAACUGCGGCUGUGAGGCGGUGCAGCUACAGCAGUGGCUCGGUCAGAUCCCCUACACGGCUGUCGUUGGGGAUGUCACCUGUGAAUACCCCUUCCACCUUCAUGGCAAGGACUUGAGGGAAAUACCCCGCAAAGAGCUGUGUGCUGACCAGCCGGAUAAAGAGCUCCAGGGAGAGCGUGGCGGUCCAUCAUCGGGCUCGCAGCCCCAGCACUUGCCCCCCAACUCCAAACCCAACUCCCACCCUGGGCGAGUUCGACCGACCAAACCCUCCUCUAUGGUCCACGGCUCUCGCCAGAAUACUCACACUUCCUCCACUUCCUCGUCAUCUUCCUCAGCGGAGCGUAAAGACAGGGAGAGGCACCUGAGGCCGACUAAGAAGCCACGACCCUCGAGAACGUCGCCCACGUCUCGCAGUCUUAUGCCAAACCAAAACCCCCCCGUGGCCGGGUACCAAACCCGGCCCCCCAUCCCCAUCAUCUGCCCCAUUGGCUGCACUUGCAACCUGCACAUCUCAGACCUUGGGCUGACCGUCAACUGCAAAGAGAGUGGCUUCGUCAACGUGUCCCAGCUCACACCUCGACCUCUCAACGGCCGCAAGCUCUACCUGAGUGGAAAUUUAAUCCAGAGGAUCUACCGCACAGACUUCUGGAAUUUCUCAAGCCUCGAUCUACUUCAUCUGGGAAACAAUCGCAUCUCGUACCUACAGGAAGGGGCUUUUUCCAGCCUGACGAGUCUGAGGAGCCUCUACCUGAACGGAAACAACCUGGAGAGACUUAGCCCCCACAUGUUUCUGGGACUGCAGAAUCUAAGGUACCUUUAUUUUGAGUACAAUGAGAUCUGUGAGGUUGAUUCCGGCACCUUCGACUCCAUGCCGUCCCUUCAGUUGUUGUUUCUCAACGCCAACUUGUUGCGGAGCCUCCCUCUCAGCGUGUUUUCCAGAGUCAACCUGGCUCGGCUCAACCUAAGAAACAAUCACCUCCUGCAGCUUCCAAUGGAGGGAGUGCUGGAGCAUCUCAAGGGACUGGUACAGGUGGACCUGCAGCAGAACCCGUGGGAGUGCAACUGCGAGGCCGCUCCGCUGAAGCGUUGGCUGGAGGGGCUCAGCGCGGUGGUGGUGGUGGGAGAGGUUGUGUGUCACUCCCCAGAAAAGAGCAAAGGUGUUGACCUGCGCUCUCUCUCCAUGGAGCUGCUCUGCCCUGAGCUGGAGCAUAAGGAGGACCAAGAGCAGGAGGAGCAGACAGCAACCUCCACAGCUGCAGAGAAAGGCAUAUCCGUUGGCUAUCCCAGCUCAGGGGUAGGACCCCUUAUCCCCCCAGGGAUGGAUUCAAUUCCUCUGUCGGUGUUAGUGCUCAGCCUGCUGGUGUUGUUUGUCUCUGCGUUCUUUGCGGCAGCGGCACUAAUCGCCUACGCCCUGAGGAGAAGGGACAAGCUGCCGUUCCGCCGCCAGGGAGAGGUAGACCUGGCUGGCAUCCAGAUGGAGUGUGGCAUCUUCACUGAGCAGACGCACCACCACCACCACCACCACCACCACGGCCUCCCGCAGAAGCCACCGCUACCUCCCCCUGAGCACAACCACGUCUACGACACCAUCCUGCCCCCGGAGGCUGCGUCCAAAGGCCCCGACCCUGCUGCCCCGGCCUCACGCAUGUGUAGCAGCCCCAUCUACAAAGACGAGCAGGACACUGCCGUCAAACAGCGGCCGCAGCAGCAGCAGAUGUUCGCAGCCUCUAAAGAGUCCGAGGGGGAAUACUGUUCUCCAGCGGAGAAAGAGAGAGAGUGGGCACUGGAGGUGUCCUCAUCGCCCAUCAACACUGUCACAGGAGCUAUAGGACCACUGGCCAGCCUCCACGGGAAUGGCAUCCUAUGCCCAACGGUUAUCGACAGCCAGGGCCCCACUCCUAAGGUGGAACUGGUGGACUGCCUCUUCAGACUCCCCACCCCAGAGUUUCGGGAUCUGCCAGACAGGUACGCGAGGCCCCCGCCCCGCUACCCCUACACAAAAGACUCGGAGCAGGACGCGAGACCGGACCAAACGCUGGUCGUCACCACCGCCAGCUCCACGGCGGGUGGGAACGGCACCCAGAGCGAGCAGGGAACCGGAGAGCAAAGACCCAGACUGAGGACCACGCCAGACUACAUGGAAGUACUGGACCGGUCUUACCAGUUUUAAAACCCCCUCCUCGUCCUCAUGCUUCCCUUCUUCUACUGUCUCCACAUCAUCUCCCCCUGUGACUAUGAAUCACACAGAAACAAUGACUCCUGUACAAAGGUUGGCUUUGAGAGGAGCUUGUGGGGGAGUGGGACUACACUACACACUAUGUUUAUUUCUGGAGCUGAGGUCAGUUUUUGUAUUUUACCCACAACAGGCAUAUACAUUGGUUUUUGGCAAACGUUUUGCUGAUCCUAGAUCUCUGCCUGGAGGCAAGUCUUCGGCUGCAGUUUCCACAGUGUUUUUUCUUUUUUUUUCCCCCUCCACAGUAAGUUUUUCUACUCAGCACCACAAUUAGCAGGAUUCAGCAUGGUGGUGGGCGUGAAUGUUAUCACUCUCAAAAGACCUGAGUGGAGGUGAAAAACACCAGCUCUUAACAGCAUCAAACACGGAGUCAUAAACUUUGACAGCUGCGAGGAGUUGAGCGAGCUGGGCGCACACGCAAGACAAAGAAACGACAGAGACAAAGCGAGAAAAAUAACUGAAAAUAGCCAAGUGCCUUAGCAAUGAACAGCCAGCAGUGUGGUCAAUGCUUAUUUUUCUAUGAAUACAGAUCUAUUUAUCUAAACAAAGAGGUUUGACUACCAAUGGAUGGGAUGCUGAUGGACGACAGACUAAAACCAAUCAAGACCCAAGAAUAAUUGCAUUCCCUGGAUGAGCCAAAAAAUAAUAGUAUACCCAGUCAAUAUCGGAGUGGUUUAUAUGCAGUUCUGUCCAUUUUCCUCAUCUCACACAGUCAACUUGAUUUGAUUAUCUCGUUCAAUUCUUUACACGGCUGCGAAGGAGAACAAAUCCGAAAAUAGUCGGUUUGUAGAAUGAAAGUCUAGGAGGGUUUCGCUCGUAAAAAGGACAGUAUUCAGAAAUGAUUGCUAUUGUUUUUUUUUUUUUACACCAGACAAAACACAGGGAAGCCCAUUUCGAGAAGGACAUUUUGGCAACGGAUGCAUUUUGGAUUUCUUUAUCAGCCAGACUUAUUGGGGCCAUAAGGACCUCUGCUUCACAUUUUCUUUCACUGGACAGAGGCACAGAGGUUAUUGCUUUGAUUUUUAAGCAUUUUUGGAGGAAAUUUGAACUGCAAAAAAAAAAAGAACGGGACAAAAAAAAGAUAAAAAGAACAGGACAUAAAAGGCACUUUUUUUUGUUUGUUCAAAAUGAUGGAGAAAAAAAAAGACACUUCUAUCAACUAUUGAUUAAUAUCUUUUAUGGAGGUACCUUUUUAUGCUUUCAUCUCCUACCAAUAGUAGAGGCAGUUGUGAAUAUAUUUAUUCUUAGUUUUUGCGUGUUGGAGCUCUCCUGUAAGGGAUCAUGUUAUAUUAAUGUAUAGGAUGAUUCUGCAUCUGGUUCAGCCUUCUUACCGCCGACCCACAAAAUACAAUAAAG